AUGAAUGACCUAAGAGACUUUGGUGAAUUAUGUCCCCGGCAACCUAGCAGGACAGAGGAAGGCAUCAUUCCCCAGAAGUACACCGUCAUCAUUGCUGCACUGGAUCAUGUACCGGACAAGUUAGAAAGCCCCAUGAAGUUGCUGUCUUCUGGGAAAUUUGAAUUUCCCAUCGGACAGAAGACCAAACCAUGGCGCCCUCCAAAGCAGCCCUCCACCCCGGGCCACUAUGGGCUCCCAGGCGCAAUACCAGCACCUGACCCUACAUACGACCGGGUGGCCGGUGCAGGAGAUGGCGGGAAGGACCAAUUGCCAGCCAAUGGGAGCAGCAGGCAAAAGAGGGACCCUACGGGGGUUGGAGCUGGGCUCCGGAACCUGGGGAACACGUGCUACAUCAAUGCCGCCCUGCAGUGCCUGACACACACCCCGCCCCUGGCCCGCUACCUGUGGUCCGGGAGGCACUCCGAGACCUGUCCGAAGCCGACGUCCUGUGUCCUGUGUGCCAUGCAAGCUCACGUGACUCGGGCCCUCCUGCAUCCUGGAGACGUGAUCGAGCCCCCCAAGGAGCUGUUUGGCGGCUUCCACAGACAGCAGCAGGAAGAUGCCCACGAGUAUCUCAUGGUCACCAUGGACGCCAUGCAGCAAGCCUGUCGGCGUGAGCCGGAGCAGCUGGCCAGGCCCCCCGCGGACGCCACCCUGGUCCAUCAGAUAUUCGGAGGCUACUGGAGGUCUCAGGUCAAGUGUCUCUGCUGCCAGGGCAUGUCUGACACCCUGGACCCGUACCUGGACGUUGCCCUGGAAAUCCAGGGGGCUGAGACUGUGGCUCAAGCCUUGGAACUGCUGGUGACACCUGAAAAGCUGGACGGCGACAAUUCCUACGAGUGCAGCGUUUGCCUCAAGAAGGUGCCUGCUAGCAAGACCUUGACUUUGCACACUGCCUCUAAGGUCCUUAUCCUGGCGUUGAAACGUUUCUCGGCGUUCACAGGCAGCAAAAUGGAGAAGGUCGUGCACUAUGCUGAGCGCCUCAAUGUGCAACGGUACCUGUCUCAGCAGAACCCAGGGCCCCUGGUGUGCGAGCUGUGUGCUGUGCUGGUCCACGCCGGACGGGACUGCCACAGCGGGCAUUACUUCUGUCACGUGAAAGCUGCAGACGGCCAGUGGUUCAAAACGAAUGACUCUGAGGUGACUGCCUGUGCCACUUCUACUGCCCUGCGCCAACCUGCCUACCUCCUCUUUUACGUCCAGGAGAACGAACUGGAAGGAGGCCACGAGAGUGUGUCUGUAAGCGGUAAACCGAGGUGCGCAGAUGGAGCAAAAGACCUGGAACCCAUCCAGCAGGCCACUGAGAGUCACUCCAGUGUCACAGGUCCUGGGUCACAAUGUCCUGUGCCAGAGACUUCGGUCCAAUUCACCUCGUUAGAGGAGUGGAGGCAGUUCCAGGAGCUAUCCCGACCCAAGGCAGAGCACAACCUCAGGAAAGUGGAAUGGGCCGUGCCAGCCAACUGGGUCAUGAUUCACCCACCCAGAUACAGGGCUGGCAUGACCAAGCAUCUGCCUGGACAGGAAAACUACCUGCUCGACAGUGCAGCUGAGGGGAAGGCCAGGGCGAACAGGAGGAAGAAGGGGACCCGUUCUGGGCAUGUGUUCCAGUGGUCACCGCGGCCUUAUGGAUGCAGGUGUGUGUCUGAGGGCUUUGGACUGAUGACCUGCUCUGAGGACUGUCCCAUGAGCACUGUGUGA